ACAGAUUCAGUUCGAUUUUGAACCUAAUUGUGUUCUGUGCUGCUAUAAAAACGUUCCCCGAAGCUACGAGAGAAAUCAAAUAAACGAGGCAUUUGUUAAUGCCAGAAAAGACUAGUAAACAACAAGAAACGAAAAAAUUACAACUAACAAAAUAAAUUAACCUGUGCUUGCCAGACAAAAAAGUGCAAUAAUACAAAAAAUAUUUCGCUUAUAGUACGAAAUAUUUUUUGAAAACAUUUUAAAAACUACAAAACUGUCAAAUUUGAAUGGUGCUGCUGCGAGUGCGUGAAAGUUCGCUUAAACUAAAAGAGCCAGUGAUUUUAGACUGGAAUAAAUUGCGCAAACAAAGCAAGCUGCAGCUAACUCAGUUUCUGUUCUACUUGAAUAAUCUACAAUCGCAUCCAACUGGUGACAUGGCGCUGCCCCAAGGAGCCUUCGCUGCCUGCAAACUGCGUGAACAGUUUCAAGAACGCGAUAUGAUUGUCUCGCGUCUACGUGCGGCCAAUGCGGAUAAGACGGAAUAUCAGCAGCAACGCGAAACAUUGCCAAUGAAGUAUAAUGACAAACUAAUGAACUCAAUUUGGGGACUCUACAAUCGUUAUUCUCCGCAUAAUGUUAAGAAGAAUGAAUACGCUCCGCCAAAAUGUUAAACAAAAAGCACGGCGCAGCAGCGUUGAGCUGUUGCGCCACCAGUCAUUGUGCCUUGCUUGUACACUGACCCCUAUACUUUAUAUAUAUAUAUAUAUACUAAUUUUUUGCUAUUAACCAAACAAAGAUAAAGUUACAAAUUGCUCGUUGGUCAACAAAUUUAAUCAUUUCGCAUCUAUGUAAAAUUCAAUAAACACUUGUGAUAUAAUAA